GGAGCCUCCCGCCCGCGCGGGCUGGGGUCGCUCGGGCUCGGACUCCCCUCCCCGCCCGGCGCGGCCAUGGAGGACGAGCGGAAGGACGGAGCCUACGGAACACCGCAGAAGUACGACCCUACCUUCAAAGGACCCAUUUAUCACAGGGGCUGCACAGACGUCAUUUGCUGUGUGUUCCUCCUUUUGGCCAUUGUGGGCUAUGUGGCUGUAGGCAUCAUAGCCUGGACCCACGGGGACCCUCGAAAGGUGAUCUACCCCACUGAUAGUCGAGGCGAGUUCUGCGGCCAGAAGGGCACAAAAAAUGCGAACAAACCCUACCUGUUUUAUUUCAACAUUGUGAAGUGUGCCAGCCCCCUGGUCCUGCUGGAAUUCCAGUGCCCCACCCCCCAGAUCUGCGUGGAGAAAUGCCCCGACCGUUACCUCACCUACCUGAACGCUCACAGAUCCCAGGACUUUGAAUACUACAAGCAGUUCUGUGUGCCUGGCUUCCAGAACAACAAGGGUGUGGCUGAAGUGCUUCGGAAUGGCGACUGUCCCGCUGUCCUCAUCCCCAGCAAGCCCCUGGCCCGGCGAUGCUUCCCAGCCAUCCAUGCCCACAAGGGGGUCCUCAUGGUGGGCAACGAGACGACCUAUGAGGACGGGCACGGCUCUCGAAAAAACAUCACAGAGCUGGUGGAGGGCGCCAAGAAGGCCAACGGGGUUCUGGAGGCACGGCAGCUGGCCAUGCGGAUCUUUGAAGACUACACCGUCUCCUGGUACUGGAUUGUCAUAGGCCUGGUCAUCGCCAUGGUGAUGAGCCUCCUGUUCAUCGUCCUGCUCCGCUUCCUGGCAGGCAUUAUGGUCUGGGUGAUGAUCAUCAUGGUGAUUCUGGUGCUUGGCUACGGAAUAUUUCACUGCUACAUGGAGUACAUGCGACUCCGUGGAGAGGCCGGCUCUGACAUCUCCCUGGUGGACCUGGGCUUCCAGACAGACUUCCGUGUGUACCUGCACUUGCGGCAGACCUGGAUGGCCUUCAUGAUCAUUCUGAGCAUCCUUGAGGCCAUUAUCAUCUUGCUGCUCAUCUUCCUGCGGAAGAGAAUUCUCAUCGCCAUCGCACUCAUCAAAGAAGCCAGCAGGGCCGUGGGAUACGUGAUGUGCUCUCUGCUGUACCCACUGGUCACCUUCCUCCUGCUAUGUCUUUGCAUCGCCUACUGGGCCAGCACUGCUGUCUUCCUGUCCACCUCCAAUGAAGCUGUCUAUAAGAUCUUUGAUGACGGCACCUGCCAAUUUGCUGGGAAGACCUGCAAUCCUGAGACCUUCGCCUCCUCCAAUGAAUCUCGCCUGUGCCCUGAUGCCCACUGCCAGUUUGCCUUCUAUGGUGGCGAGUCGGGCUACCACCGGGCCCUGCUGGGCCUGCAGAUCUUCAAUGCCUUCAUGUUCUUCUGGCUGGCCAACUUCGUGCUGGCCCUGGGCCAGGUCACGCUGGCUGGGGCCUUCGCCUCCUACUACUGGGCCCUGCACAAGCCAGACGACCUGCCUGCCUUCCCGCUCUUCUCCGCCUUCGGCCGGGCGCUCAGGUACCACACAGGCUCCCUGGCCUUUGGCUCCCUCAUUCUGGCCAUCGUGCAGAUCAUCCGAGUGAUGCUGGAGUACUUGGAUCAGCGCCUCAAAGCUGCAGAGAACAGGUUUGCUAAGUUCCUUAUGACCUGUCUCAAAUGCUGCUUCUGGUGCCUGGAGAAGUUCAUCCGGUUCCUCAACAGAAAUGCAUACAUCAUGAUUGCCAUCUACGGCACCAACUUCUGCACCUCUGCCAGGAAUGCCUUCUUCCUGCUCAUGAGAAACAUCAUCAGGGUGGCCGUCUUAGACAAAGUUACUGACUUCCUUUUCCUGUUGGGCAAACUUCUGAUCGUGGGGAGCGUGGGGAUCCUGGCCUUCUUUUUCUUCACCCACCGUAUACGGAUUGUGCAGGACACGGCCCCGCCCCUCAAUUAUUACUGGGUCCCUAUACUGACGGUGAUCGUCGGCUCCUACCUGAUUGCCCAUGGCUUCUUCAGUGUCUACGGCAUGUGUGUGGACACAUUGUUCCUCUGCUUCUUGGAGGACCUGGAGAGGAAUGACGGCUCCGCCGAGAGGCCUUACUUCAUGUCCCCCAACCUCAAGAGGCUCUUGAACAAGACCAACAAGAAGCUGGCGGAAUCCUAAAGGCCCCGCUCCCCCACGACCCACACACCUCUCCAGAAAUCUCACACUGGGUGCUCGGCAGCUGGGCCAGAACCCUGGGCCCACUGGGCUCAACGCGAAGUCCUAUCACUGCCGCCCCCCUGCCCCGCCCCCACCUGUCCAGUUAGCACUGGAUUCCAGGGACCUGGAGGAUUCAGGGAACCUCCUCCCUGAAACGAGGGGGCCUUUGGGGUUUUCCUGGCGGCGCCCCAAGACCGCACCAGUCACCGUGGCUCUCGCUGGCCUGGAUGGGGAGAAGUCCGUGGAGGCCUCUCGAUGUCUGAGGUGCAGUGGGGCCUGAACUCUGCGGGCCGCCUUGUCUCCUGUCCUUCUCUUCCAGCAGGGCAGCGUCUGUGUCUGCGGUAGCGGUGGCCGACGUGAGGCCCCCCUCCCCCCGCUCAUUCUCUCAUGUCUGCUCCAGCCAGGACCAAGCCCCUUCUCCACGGCUGAACGGCUGACUCAUAGGCUGCCCACAUGCAUUUCUUUAUUAUUUUUUUUUUUAACCUGGACAUGCAUUAAAGGGUCUGUUAGCUUUUCCCUGUCUGUCUCGACGGCUGAGCUGGGGCCAGCUGAGGAGUGCCUUCUGUUGUCCCCUCCCCGUGGGAGGCCACAGCAGGGGUGUUAGGGAAGCAGAGGGAGCGAGGCUGCUGCGGGAGGGCAGCGGGGAGCAGAGCGGGAGGGAGAGGCCGCUAAUGGCUGUUUAAUGGGAACCUGCUGGCUGGAGGAGUUGGGCCCAAUUUCCCCCCUUCUCCUGCCAGUUACUGACAACAGCUCUCUUUGUAAGAGAGAGAGAAGCGGAACCCACCCAAGGGGCGAUUUCAGAGGAAGGGGUGGGUGUGGGCAGAUGCCAGGAGCAAACUGGGCCUCCUCUGCCCCAUCACCUCGCCUCUGAGGAUCCUUUUGCCAAAUUUGUUGAGCUUGGUGGACCUGGUCUCCCGGUUCCCCCUUUGCCAGGUCCCCAGGCUCCUGACUUCACCCGUUCCAGGGUCUGCAAGAGGGAGAGAUCCCAGCCUGGGGUCCCAGUCUCCUGUGUCUGUCUGCCCGCCAUCCCUCAGCCCUCUCGUUCUGUCUGCACACUCUUGCGUGUUAACUGCAUUCCAACCACUAAUAAAGUGCCUAUUGUACAGAG